AAUAAUAUUAAUAAUUCCAGCAAAACAUGUUAACACAAUCAGGCAGAAACAAAAACAUUGUUUUGAAAUAUAAUAACAUUAAAGCUUUGUAGGUUUAUAGAUUUAUAACAAGAUGACUUUCAAUUCCAAACGACAAUCUUGGGGAUAGCAAAUAAAUAAAUAAAUAAAUAAAUAAAUAAAUAAAUAAAUAAAUAAAUAAAUAAAUAAAUCUCUUGCAUGCGAGCAGUGGCUUGGAAAUAAUUUCUCUUGGCUGAUAGGUCCUUCAGAAAGCCCACACCAGCCCCUAUUGCGCACGGAUUGGCCUUCUGCUCGUUUUUCCUCUGGCGCCUCAUUGGCUUUCUGCUAAUGAUGGUUCUCAGCCAUCAGUUGUCCAUGCAGCUUUCACUGAAUACUGACUGAGACCCCUCUGGCUCUGGCGAGUUGGAUCAUUUGAACCGGCGCGUCUGCUCGCGGAGAGGACGAAGGCAUCUCCUGGAUGAGACCACGAGAUGCUUGGAUCCGCAGCUGCUCCACCACAUCUGUCUCUCUCUGAAAUGAGAUAAUAGAGAAGGGAGAAGGGGAAAUAGGAGGAAGAAGAAAGAGGCAGGAGGGAGAAUCCUUCACAGCUCCCAAGAUGUUUUGCGCCAAGCUGAAGGAGCUGAAGCUCUCCGGAGAGUGUCCAUUCUCCAGCAUCGGCGCCUCGAACAGCGAGCUCCGAGACGCGGAGGARCGCUCCGCGGACGCUGCGGAUCUCCUGCCAAUUUCCAGGGACGUGCACGGAAAAACAAGUGAGGAUGUGCCUCGACAGAGAGCAGGCAGAGGCAAAGUUAACCUGCACACACUUGGAGACAGCAUCCGAAAAUUGGCAUGCCCAGAGUUUCAAAGGCUGCACGUUGCCCUCCAACGAAUGAUGACACCAGCAGAUCACAGCAGGGACUCUCAGAGCCCAGCCGAUUGUUGUUUUCACUACCAGACCUGCAAAGCCGAACCAGAACAUUUARUGGAGAUGAUGCACUGUUACUCAACCAAAACAGGAAUCCAGAUGGACGCUCUGAAAGUCGCCCUCGGUGAGGAGAUCUUCAGUAUGUGUUAUGAGGAGGACGGGCAGAUUUUGAGUGUGGUGGGUGGAGCUCUGCAUGACUUCCUCAACAGUUUCAAUGUCUUAUUGAAGCAGAGCAGCGUGCAGCCCAGCCCGGAUGGGGAGAGUUGCAUAAACGAACCGUCGGUGCUGUGCUUAGACAAGGAUCCGGGUCUGCUUACUGUCUACUUCUUCAACCCUGACCCCACCACAGAGCUCUUCUUCCCUGGUGUCAUCAAAGCUGCUGCCCGCUUGCUGUACCACACCACUGUGGAGGUGUUGAAGGAUGYCCUCAACACCAAAGACAGUAUCCUGCAGUCCAGCCCUCAGCCUAGUCUUCUGUACACAGUUGUGGUUAAAGAGACCAAAAUUCUCAGCCCUAGUCCCCUGCGGGCUACCUCUGCUGGGACCCUCCCUACCUCUCUCUUCUCUACCAUCUUCCCUUUCCAUCUGAUUCUAGACCAGGACCUGGUUCUGGUACAAAUAGGACACGGGCUCAGGAAGAGACUCACCAGGAAGGAUGGACCGAGGCGAUCCUCUACCUUUCAGGAACACUUCUCUAUUGUCUCCCCGCAGAUCAAAUGCACCUUUCAGUGUAUUCUGACCAUGUUAAAUACUCAGUUUAUCAUCCGGAUCAAACACGGAGUCUCCAGCACAGAAAACACAGGCAAGCUCACGGACCUUAAAGGUCAGAUGAUUUAUGUCUCAGAGUCAAAUGUCAUCUUGUUCCUGGGGUCGCCAUGCGUGGACAAGCUGGAGGAGCUGAUGGGCCGUGGCCUCUACCUGUCAGACAUCCCCAUUCAUAAUGCACUGCGGGACGUGGUCCUGGUUGGUGAGCAGGCCAAAGCUCAGGACGGUCUGAAAAAGCGGCUGGGGAAAGCCAAAGCGGCRUUGGAGCAGGCUCACCAAGCGCUGGAGGAGGAGAAGAAGAAGACGGUGGACCUCCUUUUCAGUAUCUUCCCGGGCACUGUGGCCCAGCAGCUGUGGCAGGGGGAAACGGUCCAGGCCAAGAAGUUUGAGCAGGUCACGAUGCUCUUCUCUGACAUAGUGGGCUUCACGGCUGUUUGUUCGGUCUGCACGCCGAUGCAAGUGAUCACCAUGCUCAAUGAGCUGUACACCAGGUUUGAUCACCAGUGUGGAGAGCUUGAUGUUUACAAG